AACCAAACUACCCAGCUCAAUCUCGCUCUCCUUCUAUACAAAAGGCCUCGUCUCCACUGCCAAGAUGCAGAUCACCGCCGUCCUCCUCGCUUUGAUCCCCGCCACUAUGGCCUGGCAAUACGAGCACGGCCCUACCAACGCCCGCAAAGCCCCCUUCGGAUCGACUAACACACCUUGCCGCAAAUCGUUCCACCCAGAGAACACCAUGUUCCACUGGGACCGCGAUCCCAGCGAGGACUGCUGCCUGUACCUGUGGUCGAAUAGCGCAUGCAGCGGGAGUGCGGUCGCUUCCACAUGCAGCGACUGGACGAAGGUGUCUGUCAACAACUUCUACGCCUACAAGGUGCAGAACUGUUGAGAGCAGUGGGCAGAGCGGAUGGCUGCGUCACGGGCUUUCAGUAUCAGAAGAGGAAUUCAGGCGUCACACCUUGCUAGAGUAUAGUGACUGGAGGAUUUCAUAGUUGAC